GUGCGAGCCCAUCAGUUGGUGCUGCCACCCUGUGAGGUCGUGAUCAAAGCUGUCUCAGAGUUCGUCUCCUCCAUCAAAGACCUGGGAAACCUUGACGCCAUCGCCAGGGAUGUCUUCAAACAGUCACAGUCACGUAUGGAGGACAAGGUGGAGCGAUUCAAGAAAGCUGUGGAGUAUUUUUCAGCUGCCUCCAAGCCACGCUCGCCUAAUAUAGGGCCCUCCUCUUUCAUUUUACCUGGGUUUGGACCCACUCUGUUUGGGGGACCACCUGGCCACAUGGGACCGAUGCCUCUUGGAAAGAAUCAGUUUCUUCCACCCCAGGGUCCAGGGUUAAAGCCACCUUUUCAGAAUGCUCCGUUUGGACCUGGCUCCGCCCCACUGUUCCACACGCCUCAGCAGCCAUCUCAGGACUGCAACGACUCACUGACGACCAAAAUGGGCUUCUCUGACUGGUCAGCUCCGUACGACUCAACGCAGGGGGGAAGUCGGUUACCCAAUCAUCACACUAGCACUCAGUCUGGUCCCUCUCCGUCUCCCUCUUCAUCAUCAGAUGGAGAUGAACCAAGUGACAACAACCCAAACCAUUUGACAGACAAAUCCUCUCGGUGGGAGGAUCCUGUUGGAAGAGGGGGUUCAGCCUCUGCAGACGGUUCCCAAGGCAACGGGAGUGGGUCAAACAUUCCGUCACUGUUGUCAAUGGCGACGCGAAGUCACAUGGACAUAACCACACCCCCUCUGCCUCAGGUCAGUGCUGAGGUUCUUCGUGUAGCUGAACACAGACACCGAAGAGGACUUAUGUACCCCCAGAUUUUCCACAUUUUGACAAAGGGAGAGAUGAAGAUGCCGGUGUGUAUAGAGGAUGAGUGUAACUCUGAGCUGCCUCCUGCCUCUCUGCUGUUUCGUGCUGCCAGGCAGUAUGCUUACGGCGUCCUCUUCAGCCUGGCUGAAACGCACCGUCGCUUGGAAAGGCUCUCUCUUCGCAAGAGGACCUCCCUGGAAGUUCCUCCAGUGAUUGUGAAGGAAUGGGUCUGUGGAAAGGCCAAGUCAGCCUUGACUCCAGAGCUGGUUCCGGCCCUGUGUUUCCGGGAGUGGACCUGCCCCAACCUGCGGCGGCUGUGGUUAGGUCGUGCCAGUGAGGACCGCUCCAGGAGAACCAGAGCCUUCUUGGCCUGUCUUCGCUCCGACUGCCCAGCCCUCCUAAACCCAGCACAAGUUCCGCAGCAUCUCCUGCUCAUGUGCUGCGUGCUCAGGUAUAUGAUGCAGUGGCCUGGUGGACGGAUCCUCCAGAGACACGAACUCGAUGCCUUCCUGGCCCAAGCUGUUUCCAGCCAGCUCUACGAGCCGGACCAGCUCCAGGAGCUCAAGGUGGAGAAGGUGGAUGCCCGUGGCGUGCAGCUGGCCGCUCUCUUCAUGGCCGGCGUCGACACGGCGUUAUUCAUCAACGAUGUCUGCGGCCAGCCGUUGCCAUGGGAACACUGCUGCCCCUGGGGCUUCUUUGAUGGCAAACUGUUCCAGAGCAAACUGGCCCGUGCUGCCCGUGACCGCGCUGCUCUGCUGGACAUGUGUGAGGGACAGGAAGAGCUGGUGUCGAAGGUGGAGAAGAUGCGUCAGGCAAUCCUCGAGAGCAUCAACCUCUCUCGCCCUCCUCCUCCUCCCCCUCCUCUUCCUCCUCCCGCCUUUCUUCCCCCUGCCAUGGUGCCGCCUUUCUACCCAAUGCCCCUCUACCCGCCCCGCCCCAUGGGCAGCAUGCCUGCACAUCAUCACCCUCAUCAUCCACACCACCCUGCCCAGCACAGACCCAGAGCUUUUCCAG